GUAUGAUGAAGGCAAAUUCCUAUAAAUGCCUGCGAUCUAUACGGCUCUUCUUCCUCGCGAAGCCUGCAAAUCCAUUAGUUCCUCCUCCACCUCCUUUCUCGAGGUUGAUCCAUGGCUGACUCUUUCCUCGAGGAGUACAAGCCCGGAUUGGCCAUGGUGGCCGUCCAGUGCAUCUACGCCGCCAUGGCCCUCUCGGCCAAGGCAGCCUUCACCCACGGCAUGAGCCCCAUGGUAUUCGUCGUCUACCGGCAGGCCAUUGCCUCCAUCGUCUUGCUUCCUAUAAACAUCAUCACUAAAAGGGGGAACAUAGGUCAGAUCGACUUGGGAACGAGAGGCUUUUGUUUGGUGUUUCUUGCUUCGCUGAUUGGUGCCACCCUCAACCAGUUCUUCUACUACCGAGGGAUGGACUUGGCGUCCUCAUCAGUGGCCACAGCAAUGACCAACCUAAUCCCAGCAAUCACAUUUGUUAUGGCAGCCUCUCUAGGCCUAGAGAAAGUGAAAGCGAGGAGCCUGAGAAGCGUGGCUAAAGUGAUUGGCACCGUCAUCUGCGUUGGAGGCGCGACCGCCAUGGCAUUCUUGAAAGGCCCGAGGCUUCUAUCCAUGGAGUUUCGACACCUGCUGUUGGGUUCAGCAACCGAUAAGUGGGUCGUCGGCGCACUUUUCCUCAUCGGAAGCAGCUGCUGCUGGUCGUUUUGGCUCAUCUUGCAGGUGCCGAUCUGCAACGACUACUUAGACCCGUUGUCGCUGUCAACAUGGAUGUGCUUGAUAUCAACCUUCCAAUCCGCCACUAUCACAUUUUUCUUAGAACCACAGUUGAGUUCAUGGAAGAUCACUUCGCUGGUUGAGCUCUUGAGUUGCUUAUUUGCGGGAAUUUUCGGGUCUGGAGUCACCUUCUACCUGCAAUCAUGGUGCAUAUCAGUGAGGGGACCGCUCUUCUCUGCAAUGUUCAACCCACUUUCGACAGUCAUCACCACAGUCUUGGCUUUGAUACUGCUGCAUGAGCAACUCCAUCUUGGAAGCUUGGUUGGUGCGGUUGCAGUGGUGAGCGGGCUGUACAUGGUUUUGUGGGGCAAAGCCAAGGAUUUGGACCCCAAGAGGAGGUCACAACCGGGAGAUGACGCCCACAAAGUGACCAUAGUAAUAGAACCAAAACAGAGUUAUAAAACAGACCUAACCAAACCACUGAUGGAGGAAAGAGCAGAAGAGGCAGUGGAAAAGUAGAUGAAGGAUCCGUGUCCCUUCUGCCCUGCAGAUCAAUCAUCCAAUCAUGUGGAUGGAUGUUCGACAUCAACACCGAUGUCCAAACCAAAGCCCAAGCCCAAGCCCAAUAAUAAACCCAAAGCAGGCCUUAUUUCGAGCUUUUAAGAUUAUUAAAUAUUGCUAUCUUUACUUGUUUUAAUAAAUUGUUUAUGUAAUUAUCUUUCAAUUUA